CAAGGUUCGAAUUUGAGAACUGUGAAAAAGUGACCCAUGAAUUGUAGGUGACAUGCAAAUAGAAAUGGAUAACGUGCGCAAGCAGUAGAAGUCUAUGACCUGAGCUCGUGAACCAUUGCACAACGAAAAGAUGAGAGCAGCAGCAGCUACAAGUACUUAUAGUUUCAAUGACGGAUCAGUGUAACGAUAGAGCAGGACGAGUCGACGAUCAACAGCACAUCGGAACCGAGCCAGUAUUCUCCAACAGCACCUCGGAACCGAGCCAGUAUUCUCAUCUUUCCGGAACCACUAGAGUCGUCCGCACUACAUCCAACAUUCUUGAGCACAUCACAGCAACUUGAAGAGCUAAGAGGUGAACAACCACAAUGAUGCCAAGCGCUUCGAGUAGUAGCAUCAAUCCGAUGCUGCUCCUUCUUUGCCCCGGAUCAGCUGCGGCUGCCUGCUGUAAAACGAUGCUUGUAGUUAUGGUGGGCAAAAGUGAUUAUUCGACAUGAAACUAUUUCUAGAGAUACAACGAUGAGCCUGUGGAUGUGAAGGACAGUAUGAAAACUAUUGCGAAGUAGAACUAGUCUUUGCAUCUUUACCGCGAUGAAGUAGUGGUUUUACUUUGAGUAUUCUCAUGAGUAAUAUCACUGUCUCUUACGGCCUUCAUAGGCGAUGACAACGAGCUUUUGCUGAGGCGACGUGCGGAGAGGCAGGAGCAAGAGGAAAAAAUCAAGUGGCGACCAAAACGUCUCUAUACGGAUGGCAGAACGUACUAGACUCAUCAAUCUAUUGUACUACCUCCGAUCAGUAUCAGAUAUAACACGUCUCGAGCGUAACCUUACCUAAGCUUAACCUCAGAUUGGAUUGGCAGACUCUGAACUACAACAUUUACCAUGACUUACAACUAGGUACGAGGGCCAGUGGUUAGGCGACUUUAGGCAUGGGAGAGGAACAGAACGGAGUGCCUACGGCGAUUUCGUAUAUGAAGGUGAUUUCGUGAAUGACCGAUACGAAGGUCUGGGUGCGAUGCGGUGGAGCAAUGUUAUGGCUCUCAGAUCACAUUUCGCAAUUCGAGUUGUGCCAAUGGAUUCGAAUUUACAUCACCAUCCUUUAUAGCAGGUAUCAAAUUCGGGAGGAGUGAGAACAAACUACACCUACAACCUAGAAUCGAGGAUCUUGAUCUAGUACUAGUAACCAUCUACUUAAGAGAAAGCUCAUCAUGAUCUUCUUCUAAUGCAAGUGCAAACUACGUAGGUGACUUUCAAGACAAUCAGAAGCAUGGCAGAGGACACGAGAAAUACGCAUCAGGCGACGAGUAUAGAGGAACCUUUCGUGCAGGUGUACCACACGGCAAAGGGUGUUUUAUUCAUCGUGACGGUCAAAUUUUCCAUGGUCUCUUUAAAGAUGGAAAACUAGUUGAGGUGCUAUCCCGAGAUGAAAACUUAAACUAAAACUAGUCGGAUGAAUUAUCCUUGAUAGGUACAAGACUGUAACAAAAUUUGUUGGAUGUAAUCUAUUAGAUAGACUUACUUGCCCCAUCUCCAUGUUGGAAGGCUAGCUAUGAUGAAUACUUAUCCUUGAUAAAAAUGCAGGAGGUCGCGAUGUACCUGAGAUUUUUAUUUUAUUUUGAAAGAGCAUCUUCUACUCUACUAUUGACAACGAGCACUUUCUCUCAGCAGAAACAGGAACAACAGCUUGUUCCAUGUAGAUUACUAUUGGAAGAAAAUCUUGAUGACACAACAUCUUGUGCAGUGCUUUCCUGAACAACAUCUUGACAAAACAAUCAAGUCGCGUCAGCUAUCAGGAUAGUGUUCG